GUGGUGGCGAUAUAACGCUGUCCCUAUCGAAUAUUUCUAGUAGGAGCCCGUGAUAUGCUGUGCUAAACGCCUGCAGUACAGAGGAUAAGCCGGGUUGUACUUGAUUCAACUACUAAUCCAUGUCAGCAAACUUCAGUUUGUGCAAGAAAGUUCCACUCAGAAUGGGCUCCCUCUCUGAGAUGAAGGAAAUAUUCCGCAGCGCAGAUGCAGUUUGCUUUGAUGUGGAUAGCACAGUGAUAAAAGAGGAGGGCAUCGACGAGCUAGCAAAGUUCUGCGGUGUUGGUGAUGCCGUGGCAGAGAUGACACGAAGAGCGAUGGGGGGAUCUCUAACAUUCAGGGCAGCUCUAACAGAGAGACUAGCAUUAAUCCGGCCUUCAAGAGAACAGGUGCAAGCCCUGAUUACUGAACACCCCCCAAGGCUCACAGAGGGAAUAAAGGAACUGGUCUGCAGGUUGCACCAAAGAAAUGUCCAGGUCUUUCUCAUAUCUGGUGGAUUUCAAAGCAUUGUGGAGCAUGUAGCAUCUCAGCUUGACAUCCCUCUGACAAAUGUGUACGCCAACAGACUUAAAUUCUAUUUUAAUGGGGAGUAUGCUGGCUUUGAUGAGACACAGCUAACAGCGGAGUCUGGUGGUAAAGGAAAAGUGAUUGCCCAGCUGAAGGAGAAAUAUGGUUUCAGAAGAAUAAUAAUGAUUGGAGAUGGUGCUACCGACAUGGAAGCCUGCCCUCCUGCUGAUGGCUUCAUUGGGUUUGGAGGCAACGUUACAAGGCAGCAAGUGAAGGAAAAGGCCAAGUGGUAUAUAGAUGACUUUGAGGAGCUCCUGAGAGAAUUGGACAACAACAGCAUCAAAAUGAAUCACAAUGAUAUCAUUUACUAGUUUACAUAGCAGCUAAUAUGUUGCGUUAUUUAGGUUAAGACCAUCAGUUUUGUUCCCGGUAGACCACUCCAAUAUAGGACUAGAUUUUUAUUAUUUUGUAAAAAGGUUAGCCUUAUUUAAAGUGAUUUAGAUGGAAAUAUGCACAAGUUUAUGGGGCAGAUUUAUGAAAAUGUGAGUUUAUAUCUUAAUUAAAAAUUCACCCACGUUCUUCUAAUUCCUAUGGGAUUUUUAGAACCGAUUUUAUUUCAGCGAACUCACCGUUUUUUUUAUCAAACGGUGAGUUCUAACUUUCACCCAUUGAUAAAUACAAUUUAUCAAAGGAAUAAAUAGUGAGUUUUUAUCUAUUAAAAUCUAAACUCACAUUUUAAUAAAUCUGCCCCAUUUUCUUAAUGGCUAAUACCUGCUACAAUUGUAAACUAAAUCACAUCUCGCUGUUAACAAAUUAUAGCUACAAAGUCACCACUGGAAAUGAAGUCCAUAGAACUGAAUGUGUGAUCACCUUACAGGGUGCCUAUAUAAACUUUAUAACAUUUAUAGCUUUGUUUUCCUAACUCAUAUCGACAGUGAAUUAUGUGCAGCAUCAGUUAGGCCAGGGUAACAAUUUGUUAUUUUUUAGAUUUGUAUUUCAUUUAAAAAUUGGCAAACCUUGUUAUAAGUUGUUACUGUGGUGUAGUAAUGGGCGAAUAAAUUCGGCAGGCACGAAUUUGUGGCGAAUUUCGGCACACAUCAGGACGCACAUCAGAAAAGUCGCUCACGUCAGAACCAUUGUGUGUCAACAUUAUUUGGACGACCAUUGACUUUAAUGCCGGCGUCAAAAUUGACGCAAGCUUCAUAAUUGCAAAGUUUUCAUUUCCCAAAUUUUCGCCAUUUCGUGGGAAAUUCUGAAUUUUUUCGACAAAGCGAAACGGGACAAAUUCGCCCAUCACUACUGAGCUGUUAACUGAGUGUUGCUGCCUACUCCAUUUCCACACACAUAUAUAUAGAAAGAAUUUUAAUUCUGCAUUUUAAAAUGCAGACAAUAGUGGAUUUUGCAACUGUCUUCAUGGCACUUCUUCCCACAGAUUCCCAUAAACAAUCAUAAUCCCAGCCAUACAAGGUGCAACACAUGUUUCUCACACACAUAUUUUUUUUUAAACAAGUAUAAACACUACCAGUCCUCCAUCCCACAUGCUUGUUUAGCUGUGACCCCUGACAAUGGUGCCUUUCAUCCCUAAGGUUUUCAGUUCAUGUCAUGUCACACUUUUUUUUAAUUACAAUCGUAAGUUCAAGAGAAGAACGUAUUCUUUUGCAAUGUUUACUUUUUAUUAGUAAGGUUUCCUUUCAAAGAUCUUUCUAAAAAGGAUCUAUUAAGUUUACUUGUGUUUUGAUGUAAGAGGUGAGUACCGUGCUGUAUCUCCUUUUAAAAACUGUUUAACAGUAAAGCACCUUUUUCCUGCAUGUUAGCAGGGAGCACUUCCAGAAAGUGUUACAGUAUUGUUUGACUGAAAACACUCUUUUAGACAAAGACUCUUAGAUGACAACUAUUAGCAAAUGUAUAACUGCCUGACUAAGCAUUUUGAAAUUUUCUUUUGAAUAAGACAACAUAAUAGUGACCUUUGAUACUGCUGAAUGACCACCUCAGCAUUCACAGAGCUGAAUAUGCUAGGUAUGUACAUGACUGAUAUUCUUUAAACCUCAUAGUAAUUGGCUGCUGUAAAGGAAGUGUUUAUUGGACAUAUCAGUAACCCACAAGGAUGAUCAGAGUCAGUUCCUCUCUUGUCAAUAUUUUACACCAUAUCUUAACAAAUUAUACUAUACUAUACUAUACUAUAUAGUUGUGUAGUAGAAAAAGGGCAAACUUAUCUCUGCUCUGAAGAGGUUUAAAUGUACCAAGUAUAGCAUUUAAAAUAUUAUUAUGGGAUAACUCCUUUCAGUAGGAAUCAGAUUGCUGCUGACAGCACUUCAAACCGAUAUCCUUAUAUGGAUCAAAAGACAGGAUUGUUGGAACUGCCUCUUAACUUUCUCUUGGUUAAUUAUCAGCAUUUUGAGUGAAAUGAUCUUCUCUUUAUUCAGCAUGCCUGUCUGGUCUUAACUCUUUGCUGCAGCCAAUUUCUAUGUAAGAUUAAAUGACCCCUGUUCCACUAUAGCAUAGGCUGAUUAGUAUAACUAUGCAAAUGCAGAAUUCAAGCAAGUGAUUUGACUAUUUUUUUAUGACAAUCCAUUUAUAUUUGCCUCACAGAGGCAGCCCCCUAGGUGCAUUUUUGAGCAAGGAGGGUAUUUGCUAUGGCCCCCAUUCCUUGGCGGAGCAUACACUGGCAGAACUUGCCCUUGGUAAAGGUAAAAAUAAUAAUAAUUGAAUUAUUCUGUACUGUAUAUUAUAACUAUUUUGUUUAAGUAACAUAUAGUUGUGAAAAGAAAAUUUACUCACCUGAAUUAAUGGCCUUUAUGCAUUAAUUUAACCUAAACUGUGAUCUGAUAAGACAGAAAGCGUUCCAUCUUCUAUUGAACAUGCUGAUCCAACAGUCAUAAAUGUUUGUUUGACGUAGAUGUUUAAUAAAUCUUAUUUCCAAAUAAAGACUUUGAUAUCAA